AUGGCAUCUUACAAUGUGCCAGCGACAGCCCCUCGACCUGCGGUUUAUGGGGGUCCUGUACCGAUAGCUGACCCAGCAGCACCAGCUGGAACCUUUGCACCAGGAACUAAAAUCCAAGUAGGAUCUCAUAAGGUGGUUAUUCAGAAGUACUUCUCGGAAGGAGGUUUCGCUCAUGUCUACCUUGUUAAAAUGCAAAAGCCUAUCGAUGGGACAGAUAUUGCUGUAUUGAAAAGAGUCGCCGUCCCUGAUAAGGAACAUUUGGCAAAUAUGAGAACCGAGGUAGAAACGAUGAAGAAGUUAAAGGGACAUCGCGCAAUCGUUACUUACUACGAUUCACAUGCUUCACAACUGAAGGGGGGAGGAUACGAGGUAUUUUUACUUAUGGAAUUUUGUAAUGGCGGUGGUUUAAUCGAUUUCAUGAAUACUCGACUUCAAAACAGGUUGACGGAACCAGAAAUUCUCAAGAUCUUCUCCGACGUGUCGGAAGGAGUAGCUUGCAUGCACUACCUUAAACCUCCCCUUUUACAUCGAGAUCUGAAAGUUGAGAAUGUCCUCAUAACUUCUACUGGUCCCUCUCGAAGAUUCAAGCUCUGCGACUUUGGUUCUACCGCACCUCCUCGCCCUGCUGCUACGACCGCUGCUGAAUGCAGAUUGAUCGAAGAUGAUGUUCAAAAACAUACCACAUUACAGUAUAGGAGUCCUGAAAUGAUUGAUGUAUACAGAAAGUUGCCAAUAGAUGAAAAGUCGGACAUUUGGGCUUUGGCAUCUAUGUUGAAAGAGAAGCCAACAUCUCGCCCGAAUAUAUACCAGGUUUUACGGGAAGCAUGUCUUAUGCAGGGUAUCGAGAUCCCAAUUAAGGAUCCUACAAAACCUAGUCCGUCUCCUAUGAGAGGCACAGCUAGUGAUCCAUUUGCUGCUUUGGAUUCUAAAAAUCCUGAUCUUGUUGUGGACGAAAUUUCCAAUCGAUUCCCAAGUUUAGAUCAGUUCUCAUUACUGCAUGAUGGAGGUAAAUUCGACUUCGGAUCACCCUCGCCUCCAAAGCCAUCCCAGCCUGUUAGCAAACGAGUUACAGAAAGAUUAGCUGAUGAUGCAUUUGCGACGCCAGUCCAGCAAGCGUCAUCAACUUCAACCAAUAAGCCGUCUCGUGCUCAACAAAUUCUAGCCAGCAAUCCAUUAGAGCUUCAGACAUCAGAAGUACCAGCAACCUUAAUAUAUCAACCCACACCUACUCACCCUGGUGUGAAAUCAUCCUCUCAAUACUUGGAAUCUAACAUGGAUUUUCUUCGAGAAAAGGAAGGCCGUCCCUCACUUGAUUCAGAGCGACGUCCAUCGCAUUCUAGAGAAUUUGCCGUUACAGAUCCAAAUGAUGACGAUUCUAGUUCGAAUGUUGACUUUCUUAAAUCAAUGGAAGAUCAGGAAAGGACGAAGAAAGAUAGACGUCGUAGUAGUGGCUCAAAACAAUCCAAACGUUCCAGUAUGCCUUCUAUUUCAUUAUCUGGCACCAAAAAUUUAUUGGCUGGCAAGUUUGGAGAUGCUUUCAAAAGAUUCGAAAAUAACGCCAGUGCUCCACCUGGUCCAAGAACUCCAAGUCCUUUGCAUGAUCUCGACCGACGUGAAUUGACACCAAUAGCUGGGUCCGAGGCAACCGAUGAUAGAAGUGAUGAUGGAAAGAUAGAUGACGACAUGACACCAGAGCAAAGACGAGAAGUUGAGCGAAGAAGGUUAUCAAUUGAAGAGAAACGUGUUGCUGAUGCAGCAGCGGAAUAUCGGAAGCGAAUUGCAGAACGCGGUGGUGCACCAGCCCCAAAGAGUAUUGGUGGUGUGACCCGAGCUGCAAGUAUCCAACACAAAGUCAAAAGUCUUCUAGAUGAAAAUAGUCAGCAACCUUCUUUAAAGAAAACAGCAGAAGGUUAUGGAAGAUACACAGAUAUACCAGGUCAGCCCAAUCCAUUACCAACUGGAAAUCCAUAUGUCAAAUCUUCAGUCCUCCGCAAACCGGUUCAACCUUCAAUUCCUUCAUCUGAUCUCAGCUACAAUAAACCUCGCCCUCAACAAAUUCCUCCUCAAUUACCAAUUAGCAAGACAGGUCCAAAACCAAGUGCCCCUCCCAAACCUACGCACCUCAAUACUAUGAAUACGGGAGGUGGUCUUGGUGCACAGAAUUCCCCGCCUAAACCUUCAUAUUUAGCUAGUAGAGCGGCGCCAGCUGUUCAACCGAGACCCGAUAUGACGUCCCAGGAAAAGGAAGAAUAUAUUGCGGAUUUCAGCAAGAGGUUUCCGAGUUUAAGUAGUAUUGAGAUGGUUGAAAGGGAGAUUGAGAGGGAGGGAAUGCAAGGAGGUGAUAUGGGAGUGGGGAUGGGAAUGACUGGUAGGAGGGAUGAUAGACCUAGGCUCACCAAGGAGUUGUAG